CGUCAUUGUACUAGUCUUGGGCGGAGAGCAAGAAGCUCAAGGUAUGUGGAUGCCUAGUAUAAGAGCGGCCGCAGCGAGGAUCACCCGGCCCGCGUGGUCAGCUGUUGGGGUAACGGUGCCGAGGAGGAUGGAGGGCAUCGGCCGUAACUGCGCACCACGCUACUUCACCGACAGGAUCCGCUCCGGCAGGGUGCUCAGCGAGGAGGAGCGCGCCGCCGAGAACGUCUACAUACAGAAGAUGGAGAGGGAGAAGCUGGAAAAGUUGAGGAGGAAGAAGGCGGAUCAGGAAAAGGCCGACGCAGCAAAGAGCGCCAAAGGAAACAACGAGAAGGGUGAGGGAGCUCAUCCAAGCUGAUUCCUCAGAUCGAUCAGGUCCUCCGUUGGCGGCGCUGGUGUUACAUGUGAUACAUGUUCGCAAAUGUAGUAUUUUUCCUUCUGUUCUGGGGUUAUUUAUAGAUAGAUCAUGUAGAUGCUGUGUGCUGCUGUGAAAAUAUGUGCUUCUCGGUGGAGCUUUGGUAUGUUGUCCUUGGUGGAGGCAGGAGGCUCUGUCCACCAGAAUCAUAUCUUGUCGCUGGAGUUUUCUGUUUACUUUGGAUUAGCAACCUGUGCAUGAGCCGCCACCUGUGCGAGCCAUGCAUGCAUCUGCAGGGGCGUGAGAUGCACCCAUCUGCAUCAGGCUUUUUUC